CGCGAGACGGGGGCGGGACUCCUAGGCGGCUGGGCCGCGCGGUAGCUCCGGAGGGAGCGCGCGCUGUAGCUGCCACCUCCUCGUCAGCGCCCCGAGGUGCAGCGCGUGUUGCUAUGGGGAAGACCAGGUCUGCCGGAGCGCGCGGGAAGGCCCCCGGGGCCCCGGCGGGCGCGCGGGGCUGCCGGGCGAGGCCCAGCGCCAACCCGUUCGAGGUGAAAGUCAACCGGCAGAAGUUCCAGGUCCUGGGCAGGAAGACGCGCCACGACGUGGGGCUGCCCGGGGUGUCGCGCGCGCGGGCCCUCCAGAAGCGCACCCAGACUUUGCUAAAGGAAUACAAAGAAAGGGAUAAGUCCAACGUAUUUAGAGAUAAACGCUUUGGAGAAUACAAUAGCAACAUAAGCCCGGAGGAGAAGAUGAUGAAGAGGUUUGCUCUGGAACAACAGCGACAACACGAAAAGAAAAGCAUCUACAACCUAAAUGAAGAUGAAGAACUGACUCAUUACGGCCAGUCUUUGGCAGACAUUGAAAAGCAUAAUGACAUUGUCGAUAGCGACAGCGAUGCCGAGGACCGAGGAGUGCUGUCGGCUGAGUUGACGGCGGCCCAUUUUGGAGGAGGUGGUGGGCCGCUUCACAAGAAGACCUCUCAACAGCAUGGCGAGGAGGGGCAACAGCCGAAGUCACGCAAAGAGCUGAUCGAGGAGCUCAUCGCCAAAUCAAGGCAGGAGAAGAGGGAGAGACAGGCUCAACGAGAAGACGCCCUUGAACUCACAGAGAAGCUAGACCAAGACUGGAAAGAAAUCCAGACUCUCCUGGCCCGUAAAACACCCACAUCCGAGAGCAGAGGUGGAAAGGAGAAACCCAAGCCUGACGCAUACGACAUGAUGGUUCGUGAGCUCGGCUUUGAAAUGAAAGCGCCGCCCUCUAACAGGAUGAAGACGGAGGAGGAGCUGGCCCAGGAGGAGCGGGAGCGGCUCAAGUGCCUGGAGGCUGAAAGACUCCGGAGGAUGCUUGGAAAGGAGGAGGACGAACGUAUUAAGAGACCGAAACACAUGUCGGCGGAUGACUUAAGUGAUGGCUUCGUACUAGACAAAGAUGACAGGCGUUUGCUUUCUUACAAAGAUGGAAGGAUGAACGUCGAGGAAGAGCCAAGCGGGGAAGCCAGUAGCAGUGAGAGCGAAGGGGAAGAGGGCAAAGGCUCGAGCGAGGGGGACCCAGAGGAGAGCGAUGGCCCGGACGGCCCCUCAGGCCUGGAGUCUGACGUGCAGAGCAAGGACGGGAGCGAGAGGACCCAGGAGGAGCAGCGUCCGAAUCCCGGGGAGCGAUCGGCAGCCGACGACCGGGAGGCUGCCAGGGCCGAGCUGCCCUAUAUGUUCGCAGCUCCCAAAUCCUACGAGGAACUGAAGUCUUUAUUAUCGGGAAGAUCGACGGAAGAGCAGCUUUUGGUUGUGGAGAGAAUUCAGAAAUGCAACCAUCCAAGUCUCGCAGUGGGAAACAAAGCAAAACUAGAAAAACUGUUUGGCUUCCUUUUGGAAUACGUCGGAGAUUUGGCUGCAAGUGAUCCUCCAGACCUCAGCGGAAUCAACAAGUUGGUUGUGCAGUUGUAUAACCUUUGCCAGAUGUUUCCUGAAGCCGCAAGCAGCGCCGUGAAAUUUGUCCUCCGAGAUGCCAUGCACGACAUGGAAGGAAUGGUUGAGACCACAGGCCGGGCGGCCUUCCCGGGCCUGGACGUGCUCGUUUACUUGAAAAUUGCUGGGAUGUUGUUUCCAACCUCUGACUUCCGGCACCCGGUGGUCACGCCUGCGCUGCUGUGUCUGAGCCAGCUGCUAACCAAGUGUCCCAUCCAGUCCCUCCAAGACGUGGUGAAGGGGCUCUUCGUGUGCUGCGUGCUCCUGGACUAUGUGUCUCUGUCCCAGAGGUUCAUACCUGAGCUCAUCAAUUUUCUUGUUGGGAUUCUUUACAUCGCAACUCCCAACAAGCAGAGCCAAGGUUACACUCUGGUGCACCCUUUCAGAGCACUUGGGAAGAACUCGGAGUUGCUCGUGGUUUCUGACGAGGAGGCCAUGACCACGUGGCACAGGAGAAGCCUCCCCCUCCAGUGGGCAGGAAGACUGAAAGCCCAGACUGAGACAGAGGCCAACCACACCAGGCUGUCCUGCCUGGCCGUGUGUCUGGCUCUGGUGCAGCGCUGUGUGACCGUCUAUGGCACCCUGCCCUCCUUCCACGACAUCGUGCAGCCCCUGCGAGCCCUCCUGAUGGAGCACCUGGCAGCCCGCAGCUGCCCGCCCGAGCUCCAGGAGCUGAGUCGGAGCAUUUUGACGGAAAUGGAAAAGCAGCCGAAGCACUAUCGGCCGCUGGUCUGUGAGAAGAGCAAGCCGGUGCCGCUGAAGCUGUUCACCCCCCGGCUGGUCAAAGUCCUCGAGUUUGGGAAGAAGCAGGGCUGCACAAAGGAGGAGCAGGAGAGGAAGAGACUGAUCCACAAGCACAGGCGAGAGUUUAAAGGCGCCGUCCGGGAGAUCCGCAAGGACAACCAGUUCCUGGCCCGGAUGCAGCUCUCGGAGAUCAUGGAACGGGACGCGGAAAGAAAACGAAAAGUGAAGCAGCUUUUUAACAGCCUGGCCACACAGGAAGGUGAAUGGAAGGCUCUGAAGAGGAAGAAGUUCAAAAAAUAAAUUAUGUUUUAUGAAUCAGACAAGGAGAUGCUAUGUAAUGAAUGCCGUAAGGGGUGCUGUAACGUCAAGUUAUUUUCCUGUACUUCGCUUCAUGUUAAAACGCCUCUCCUGACAUACUGCACUUUGGGAACACGGCCAAGCUUCUGUGGGAGCUACAUGCGGAUAAACUGAGAAUCACCUCUCUUCCUCACUUCCAGACAGUCCUCAGUUAAUCACGAGGCUUGGGACUGAUGGGAUUCAGGCUAAUGUUUUUGGUCAACCAAGCGUAUUUGCCUUGAGGUGUAGAAUUCAGUGUUACUUAAUGUUACAUGAAUUUUCAGUCAUCAGUGAAACAAGUUUGCACAUAGUUUAGAAAUCACCCGUAAUCCCGGCACCCCAGCAGCCAUGAUCGGCUUUGCCCCAAUCCAUACCCAGUCUUGAUUAAU